UGCAGUCUUUUCCACAGUUCGCUCUCUGUCGGCACCAGGGGUUAUGAUCCUCCACAGUGAGUGUUGGAUCUCCCUGCGGACAGACGCGCUCCUGCACAGACAGAGGACUCUUCUGCCUCUUUAAACACACUCUGACGCCUUUAACAGCCUGAAGCAUGCAAUGUGCUCUGUUUAAAGGUUAGACAGGGCGGACCGCUGCUGGACGGACACCCACCGCUGUCCAGCACCCCGGGGUCGCGCUUUGUUUUGCGGAGAGGACCCUCCUUUGCUUCAGCCAAGAAGAUCUCCAGAAAUCGUGGAAAAAAUGGAUCCUUUACGAAAUGGGAAUAAUUGUGAGGAUGACUCGCAGUGUGCUGAGGAGGAAGAAGUAGACCCAAGAAUUCAGGGAGAGCUGGAGAAGUUAAACCAGUCCACAGAUGACAUUAACCGCUGGGAGAGUGAGCUGGAGGACUGCCGUCAGCGGUUUCGUGCAGUGCUGGUGGAAGCAACAGUGAAGCUGGACGAGCAGGUGAAGAGGAUUGGCCGAGCUGUGGAUGACUCCAAACCGUACUGGGAAGCCCGUAAAGUAGCAAGACAGGCCCAGGUUGAAGCCCAAAAGGCCACCCAGGAGUUCCAGCGGGCGGUGGAGAUCCUGCGGGCGGCCAAGGAAACCAUCGCCCUUGCAGAGGAGAGGCUGCUGGAGGAGGACAGCCGCCAGUUCGACUCCGCGUGGCAGGAAAUGCUCAACCAUGCCACACAGAGGGUGAUGGAGGCUGAGCAGGCAAGGACGCGCAGUGAGGCUGAACACAGGAAAACAGCAGCCAACUACAACUCCUGUAUCAGCCACAUGAGGCAGCUAGAGAAGAAACUCAAACGCUCCAUUAACAAAUCCAGACCUUAUUUUGAACUGAAAGCCAAGUACUACCUACAGCUUGAGGUAUGUAUCAACUUGAAGCGUCAUGUGGAUGAGCAUCAGGCCAAACUUGUGGUUGCCAAGGCUGAGUACCGCACAGCGCUACGCAACCUAGAGAGCAUCUCUGAGGAGAUACAUGCCCAGCGCCGCUCCCUCGCCAUGGGAACCAGGGAGCAGGGUGUCGGCGCGGAAGGAGACGGAGGCAACGACGACAUCGCCAACUUCAAGAUGGAGUCAGAUGGUCUGUCAAUGGUGUCAGUGUCAAUUGACGAAGAGGCCAGUCACAGUAGCAGCUCAGAGGAGGAGACAGACACUCACUCCACCUCCUCACCCCGAGCCAUGCCCUCCUCGCCGUCCUCCUCCUCCUCCCAUCCUUCCACUUCUGCCUCCACCCCCCUCGACGUGCCCUGUCCCUACCCUUCCUCCUCUUUCUACUCCCCUUGUUCCUACAUCUCCACCUCUCCCCCAUCCUCUGUCCUCUCGUCCUCCUGUCCCGGGGGCAUGGAGUUAGAGAGCCCCUGCAGCUCUAAUGACCCAGACUCGGUGUGCGGCUCUGGGCAUGCAUCACCUCUCCUGGGCCCUCGCAGCCAGUGCAGUGGAGCUUCCUCUCCCGACUGCGACCAGGAGAGAGGUGACAGAGCCGAGGGAGCAGAGGCCACAGUAGAAGCUGGUCUGAACAAGUUAACUUUGAAUGUCACACAAAAACAAGGGGACUCUGGGGAUGAAGAAGAAGACCCCCAUUACAUUAACCCUGAAGUCUCCUCUCCCAGUGCAGCCACUGCCAUUCUGCUACUCAACACUGUCUAAUGAACGUCCGUCGCAACUAAAACGCUCACCAGCUUCAAGUCUCAAACUGGACUCACUGGCAGAUGAUGUCAAACAGAGCAGGGUGGGAUGCUUACUGUGAGCUAUGAGAGAGCAAGCUGCACACUCCCAGCUCCAAUCAACCUGACAUUAUGUCACAAUAUUCACAUUAAAGGUGCUAUAUGUAGUGUAUUUGAACAUCAGUAUAUCAUUGUUAAAUAGAUUGUGAAACCAUGUGGAUGUAUUGUAAACAAAUAAGAGCAGGAGCAAGAUGACCAGCGGUCCCUAUUUCACAGCAUUAUUAGUGCUACGGUUAUUCAGUAGACUACAUUUCCCAUUAACCGCCUUGCUUUAUAUUGCAAAACUGAUUUCAGUAGCUCUGUUUCUGCUUAAAGAAGAACACCUUCUUUUUUGUGCCAUAAAGAAAUUUCCUCUUGUGGUGUACAGCAGUGUGGCUAAUUUCCUGUCCAUAUCAUAGAGUUUGCCAGUCUUCUCAUCAGUGGUGUAGCUUUAUAGUGAUGUGUCAAAGUUAAUGUGGUUAACUUUUAUUGAUGUUGAUGCGCUGCACUUGGCACAACUAAGAGACUUUUUGUAUAAUGUGAACAAUGAGCCUCUUUUUUUUUUGGCUCGCAAUCUCGACGUGAGGAACCAAAUGGGACAAAAACAAGCUGUCUCAUGUUGGACUGUAUCUUUUUCUGCCUUGAUUUUUGAACUCCUCCUGUAACUCACUUUAUAAUGUUUGGAGUUAUAGCUUUCAAGGAAGAAACUGGAGUGCGAGCAGUACUCCGAGCACUAAGAGACUUAAGAUGGGACUGAACCUUUUGAAACACAAAUGGUCUUCCAUUGAUAUUUUUGAAUGAGUGAGUAAAUGUAUUCUUGGUGUAAAAUGAAAACCACCACCAGGAGGUGAUUUGUAUGUGUGGCUGAGCGAAUGAUUUUUAUGAGUGUGUGUCUGUUGUGUUUUUGACAAAUGUUCAGAUACUACCCUGUAGUACAGAUAUUCUAUAUUUAUACUCCUGUAUUCUUGUAUUUGAACAAUGUUUUGUGGUUACUGUUGUCAUCGUUUAACACAAAUUAAGCAAUAAACAUGUGCUUCAUGUAG